AUGCAGAUUUUCGUGCGUUCAUAUGCGGGGGAAUCCGUGCCUGUCGAGGUGUCCGCCACCUCGACGGUGCUCGAGCUCAAGCAGCACCUGGAGGCGCGAUUAGGUGUUGCUGCGUCAUUGCAGCGUCUUUUCUUCGGCGUUUCAGCCGUAGAUGACGCUUGUACUCUGGAGGAGGCUGGUGUUGAAGAGGAGGCGACUCUGUUUCAAAGCCUAGAGCUGCUCGGGGCUGGCAAGAAGCGCAAGAGAAAGACCUACACGAAGCCCAAGAAGCAGAAGCACAAGAACAAGAAAGUCAAGCUUGCUGUGCUGAAGUUCUACAAAGUUGACGACAACAACAAAGUGACCCGACUGCGCAAGGAGUGCCCCUCGAAGACCUGCGGGAGCGGCGUGUUCAUGGCGCAGCACGAAAACCGCAACUACUGCGGCCGCUGCGGGGUCACUUACAUUCUCAACGCCGGCGGUGACCAGUAA